AUGUCAUCAUCAUUUGAAAAACACGAUGAAAAGACAUCAAAUGAAGUUGUCACUAACUCAACAUCCGGCAUCGUAUCUGACAAUACUAUGGAAACUACCCAAAUCGAGCAAAUAAACAUCGAUGGUGUAGUUAAUGCUAAUAUGUUACACGCACAUCUAGCAAUGCUAGCACAAUUUAAUAAUCUAGAACAAAAAGAUAGUGAAGUUGAUCAACGAUUUUUGUUACGUUCUGAGAAACGUUAUUUAUUGUGGUUAGAGUUAUUGAAUAACGGGUCUUUUAAAGAUGCUGAAGAAGUUCCCAUUCCGCCAAUCGACGUAUGUCUAAUUUGGCACGCACAUUUACUUUCACCAUUUCGAUAUUAUGAAGAUAUGCGACGUUUGCAUGAUCCAUUAUCGAAAGAAUAUAAUUUUCCGUUGGCUAAAUUACAUGAAACUUGGAGUCAAACUAAGGGAGAUCAUAUCGAUGAGCGAUCAAAACAAUUUUGGGAAGAGAAUACUAAACAACCAUGGGUUCUUGAUCCAAAUGAUACUUCGAAUUUUGAAUUAGUCUGCCCAUGGUGUUCUACGACAUUAAUGAUGGCCGCUACUGUUGAUGGCGAAUAUAGUGAGGUGUAUGCUAUUUCUGACUCAGAUUAUUUGUUCAAUUUAAGUACUUGGAAGAAGCUUAUAGAUAAAUCGAAAAAAAGUUCUGAAGAUUGUAAUUGGGCAAAGGUUUCUGAAAUUGCUGCUGUAAUCUUACCACCUUAUGCUAUCUAUCUUGCGUAUAAGAUGAAUCAAUAUCAAAAAGGCACGGCUAAACAAAAGAAUUCGCAAGAUCUUUCACAAGAAGACAUUGUGGCGGUGGAUGCGGAACUGGUGUUGGUGGAUGCGGAAGUGGUGGAUGCGGAAGUGGGGGAUGUGGAAGUGGUGGAUGCGGAGGUGGUGGAUGCGGAGGUGGUGGAUGUGGUGGUGGGGGAUGUGGUGGUGGUGGUUAAAGAAAACCUUAGUGGUUGUGGGGUACAUGUUAAUUAUAAGGAAUCUGA